AUGAACCAGAACUUAAGAUUUUCACCGAUUGAAAUCAAGCGGCUUCGAAGGCGCUGUCUCUCUCUCUCUCUUUCAGCAGCUGACAGAUUUCUGUCAAAAUUCAGCUUCGAGCGUUUUCCUUGUUCAGGACGCCUUUCCCUUAAAGCCGUGUGCUCACAGGAAUUUUUGUUUGUCAAAGAAACAUCAAAAAGUCUCAGUGUUAAGAAGCGAAUGACAUCGACUCCGUCGACAAACAAUGGCUGUAGGCUACCGUUAGUCUUGGGAAAGCAUUUUCCAACGAUUCGCAAUGUUGCGAAAUCGACCAAAUCGGUGCUAAUAAAAUAUAUGAAAUUCGUGGGUCCGGGAUUGAUGGUCAGUGUAGCGUACAUGGACCCAGGUAACUAUUCUACCGCUGUCGACGCAGGUGCCACUAACAGGUUUGCCCUCCUGUUUGUCAUUUUGCUUUCAAAUCUCAUUGCCAUUUUCCUUCAGUCGCUUUGCAUCAAACUGGGUACUGUCACUGGUUUAGACCUGUCAAGAGCUUGUCGUAAAUACUUGCCCCGUUGGUUGAAUUGGACACUUUACAUCUGUGCAGAAGCUGCGAUCAUCGCCACCGAUGUUGCUGAGGUCAUUGGUUCCGCCGUGGCUUUAAACAUUUUGAUCAAAGUUCCACUCCCAGCCGGUGUAGCAAUCACUGUGAUAGACGUUUUGUUCGUCAUGAUAGCUUACAAGCCUGGAAGUUCAUCUAUGAGAUUUGUUAGACUUUUUGAGCUUGCCGUCGCAGCUUUGGUCGUGGGUGUUUGCGUUUGUUUCUGCGUUCAGCUCGCCUUUCUGCCACGAAUUCCUGUACGCGAGGUUUUCCGUGGCUUCGCACCUUCCAAAGAAAUGUUUCGAAAUAACGGGAUAUACAUCGCGACCUCCGUUCUUGGUGCCACUGUCAUGCCACAUUCUUUGUUUUUGGGAUCUGCUUUGGUUCAACCUAGGCUGCUCGAAUAUGACGAGCAAAAUGGUAACUACUCCAAAUUGGCAUCGGUAGAGGUUGCCUCUGUGUCAUCGUCGAGCGAAAAGCUGAGUGAAGAUGAGAAUUUGGAUAAAGCCUACCAAAACUACAAACCGAGCAUGUCCGCAAUAAAUUAUGCGCUAAAAUACUCAAUCUCGGAGUUGGCCAUUACCUUGUUUACGUUUGCGCUAUUCGUGAACAGUUCUAUUCUGAUCAUUUCAGGUGCAACAUUAUACGGUUCUCCGGAAGCUGCCGGGGCUGAUUUGUACACGAUUUACCACCUUUUGUCUAAUAAUUUGGCCCCAGUAGUUGGAACCAUUUUCAUGCUUGCCUUGUUGUUGAGCGGUCAAUCAGCGGGGAUAGUCUGUACAAUUGCAGGUCAGAUUGUCAGUGAGGGUCACAUCAAUUGGAAAUUGAAACCUUGGAAGCGGCGCAUAGCUACGAGAAUGAUUUCAAUCAUACCUUGCCUUGCCAUUUCCUUGAGUGUCGGCCGCUCAGCCCUAUCCCAAACUUUGAAUGCCUCACAGGUCGUGUUGUCUUUGUUGCUACCUUUCCUGACCGCGCCUUUGAUCUACUUCACUUGCAAGAAGUCUGUUAUGAAGGUUGAAAAGCUAGGCAAUAGUGGUGCGAGGCCAUCCUCGCAGCCAGACAUCGAAAGUGGUGAUACUAAUAUUGAUAUGUCGAACAACUGGAUCACGUCUAUUGUUGCUGUGCUUAUCUGGCUUUUUAUCUCUGUUUUGAAUGUCUAUGCUAUUGUUCAGCUGGGUCUCUCUCACGGUGACAUCAAUUGA